AGCCAAAUUAAUAGCCGCGUCACGGACGUCACACAAUAUGUCACGGGGUGUUUACCGGAAAGGUAGUUCGUAAAUUUCGGUUUCGACCAACUGCUCGCUCUGCAGCCUCUGGACAUUUAUUCGUAGGACUCACAAUGCCAACACCGAUUGAUGUCUUACAGAGCUCACUGGAGGCUCAUAAUGCCACCUUUGAGGCACUUUUGAAUCUCAUACCGGCGAGGUACUACCUUGUCCAGGAAUUGUCGGAAGAGCAGAUCGCCUCGAAGUACCAAAAGAACAGUAAGAAACAAAAGGCCCCGAAGCAAGCUAUCAAAGAGGCGACGAAAAAAGCCAAGCGAGACAAGCUCGACCCGGCCAACAAUAAAACUAUUGUGGAACUUCAACGUGAGGCUGCUCUCGCCAAGGACCAAGAAAAGGCUAGUAAGAGCGAGAAAGCCAAAGGCAAGCGGAAAGCAGCCGAGGCAGACUUGGACGAUGACGAUGAAAUGGAUAUCCAUAUGUCCUUCGAUGCUGGGGAGAACUCUGAAGGCGGUUCCGGUGAUGAAGAUGACGACGACGUCAACGUCGAUAUAGAUGAAAGCGAGAAGCAGGAGCUUGUAGCUAUGCCAACAUCUGGAGGAAUUCAAGAGCUGCGAGAAAAACUGCACGCGCGGAUGGCCGCUUUACGCCGUGGAGGCAGGGGAUAUGGGGAACCUGGUAGUCGUGACGAGUUGAUCGAGGAAAGAAGGAGACAAAGAGCUGCGAUGCGAGAGAAGAGGAGAAAAGAGACGAGGGAAAAGAUCAAGCGGGAAACCGAGGCUAAAGGGAGGAAAGGAAAAGAGAAGGAAAGGAAUGCUGGUCCAACGACUAAGCAACAAUUACUAGUACCCGAUCAUGCUACGGCGUCAGGCUCUCAUGGACAUGGACCAUCGCAUACGAAUGUCACAUUCUCCCUUCCUGCCAACGGUCCUUCUUCGAGCAAGAAGCCACAUCUGAAGACUUCAUCCAACCCUACGCAAGCUCUUUCACAACUCGCCGCAAGGAAGGAGAAACUCGCAUCUUUGCCAGAAGACAAGCGAAAAGAAAGGGAAGAACGGGAAAAAUGGGAGAAGGCUGAAGCUAGGAUGGAAGGUAUGAAGGUCCAUGAUGAUGAGGGCCGCCUAAAGAAGGCAGCGAAGCGGAAGGAGAAGGAGAAGCUGAAGAGCAAGAAGUCUUGGGAGGAGAGGAAGGAGCACGUCGCGACUUCGAUGGCAGCCAAACAGAAGAAACGUCAAGACAAUAUUGUAACAAGGACCGAGAGGAGAAACGAUAAGCGGAAAGGUGUCAAAACCAAAGAAAAGGCGCGCCCUGGUUUCGAGGGCAAGUCAUUUGGCAAGGGUAGAGGAAAAGGCAAACCUUCUGGUAAGAAGUAAUACUCUCUUCUACAUCUCUUGUCUGUGCCAUGUCAUAUUGCAUUUUAUUCCGAUAUGUUCCUACU